CCCAAUAACCACCAAUUAUCAUCACUAAAUUCACAACUCCUUUGAUAUGAACAAAAACACAACAUCGUCAACAUCAUCACCAUGUCUCAAAUUCUAUGUUCUAUACUCCAUAUCCAAACCCCAUUUUCAAUGCCAUUCAUCACCCUCUCACCACCAUCUUCUUCCCCUUUCACCAUUGCCACCCCUUCAAACCUCACCUUCAAAACCACAACUCCUUUCCCUCUCUCCUCCACAAGAAACCGCUCCCGUUUCGCAACAGUGGUCAGAGCCAAAGGUGGAAAAGAUCACUACUCUACUUUGAAUGUCAGCAACAAUGCUUCGUUGCAAGAAAUUAAGAGUUCUUAUAGGAAACUUGCUCUAAAGUACCAUCCAGAUAUGAACAAAAAUCCUGGAGCAGAAGAGAAGUUCAAGGAGAUUAGUGCUGCAUACGAGGUCCUAUCAGAUGAUGAGAAAAGGUCUUUAUAUGAUCGCUUUGGUGAGUCAGGUCUACAAGGAGAAAAUGGAGGACCAACCAAUGCCUCAGAGGUUGAUCCUUCUGAUUUAUUCGAUGCAUUCUUUGGUCGUACGGAUGGACUAUUUAGUGAUGAAGGGGGCUUCGGCUUCAAUAUGAGAAACAGUGGAAACCGUGGCAAUGAUAUUCGGCAUGACCUUCGUCUAAGCUUUGAAGAAUCCGUUUUUGGAGUAAAGAGAGAGAUUGAAAUUUCCUGUUAUGAGACAUGUAAUACUUGUGAUGGUACAGGAGCUAAAUCAAAGAAUGGCAUUAAAAAAUGCACAAGUUGUGGUGGAAAAGGAGGAGAGAAGAAAACCCAGAGAACACCGUUUGGAAUGAUGUCUCAGGUUUCUACCUGCUCUAAGUGUGGUGGUCUUGGCAUGAUAAUCACGGAUAGAUGUCGAAAGUGUGAUGGCAGCGGUCUUGUGCAAGCUAAACGAAAAAUGGAUGUGGUCAUCCCUCCUGGCGUCAGUGAUGGAGACACAAUGAAAAUUCGAGGAGAAGGGAAUUUUGAUAAGAGGAGGCGUUAUACUGGGGAUCUUUUUGUUGUCCUCCAUGUUGAUAGAAAGCAAGGAAUUUGGAGAGAGGGUCUCAAUUUAUACUCAAAGAUUAACAUUGACUUCACCGAGGCAAUACUGGGGUCUGUUAAAAAGGUUGAAACUGUUGAAGGUUUUAAGGACCUCCAGAUUCCUUCCGGGAUUCAACAUGGACAUUCAGUGAAGUUAUCACGUUUAGGAGUUCCAGACAUGAACAGACCAUCUAUUCGCGGCGAUCAUUACUUCGUCGUAAAUGUUCUUCUUCCUAAUGAUAUCAGUGGCACGGAACGCUCACUUGUUGAACAGUUAGCUUCACUUCGAGCAUCUAGACAAGGUCAUUCAUGGUCUUCUGAUGACACUGGGCAGCGUAAAGGAAAAUUCAAUGAUUCCAUGUGGAGGGAUAAAAGAAGUGAUGCCUCAAGCGAGGAAACUGAAACUGCAAGUUCUCUAUGGGGAUCAAUCAAGAAUUUCUUAAGGAGAGGAAAUUCUGACGAAAGGUUUGCAUCAAUUAGCCAAGAUACAUCAACACUGAUGUGGAGAUUUGGCCACCAAAACUAUUCAGUCCCACAUUCCAUUUUUGUUGUUCUAUUUAUAACUUGGAUUUUGAAAUCUAUAGCAAAGUCUAUUCAGAAAAGAACCUAAUCCUUCAUUUAUAGAAUAGAAAACAGUGAAAAAACAUUAGGAUGUGCUUAGUAAGAAAAGUGGGAAAAUGGAUUCAAGAUACCAAAAUUGAGAGAGCCAUCCCAUUCCAUUUUCAAGCAAGGGUUGGCAAAAUAAAACUUCUUUCAAAAUUCUCACCUAAGAUGAGUGAGUUGAAUUCACCUUCCUGUAUGUUCUUCCCCCAUUCUUUAACAGGUAACAAUCUUUAGCGGAGGUUUUUGUCGAAAGAUGCUCCCGUGUUGUAUUUUUAAGAUGUGCAAUUACAUUGAAACUUUGCUUUCAAGUUAGCAUGAUGUCGUACAUAUGCAAAUUUGCUAUAGGAGGUGAAGAGAGUUGGUUGAUGCAGCUGGUUGACAUUUUUCUAAAUAAUAGUAAAUUGUAUCUGGAUAGAGUAAAUUGUGAAGUUUACAAAUAUAUUCUUUAAUGUGUUCAUUGCUAACUUGUGUUA